UAUUUAUCGGAGUCGCAUAUGUGGGAUUAAUGUUAAGCCGGAUGGAGCCACAUAGUCGAUUCCCAUGGCGCCCACUGGACGAAAAGGCAGACGUUUCCUUGGCCAUCAUUAUGCCUGUAAAUAGAAAGACGGAUUUGAAUUUCUACAACAACAUGUGGGUCGGGAAUACUUGCACACUGUCUGCGACUUUGGCGGGCCAGAAUGCACCAUGGCCUGCAACGCUAAAUCAACAUAUGAUACGCUGGACAAGAAGACCAUUUGCUUUACAAACAUUAUAAAGGAAGAGUACACCGAUACCGAGUUCUUUAUCAAGCUUGAUGACGACGCAUUUGUGGACCGCAACUACGUGCUUGGGCUGGUCAAAAAGUACAAGGGAUACGAGAAACCUAUGUACAUCAGUGACUUCAUUCUCAACCUAGACAACAGAAACCCGUCCCUUAACCAUAGCUACUAUGGCAACGGCAAGUUUUACAUGUUCAACCGGGCCCUUCUCAACUGCAUAGACACUGGAAUUCAGUACGAGGGGAAAAGGAAUGAGGACGCAGUUUUUGGCGCCAUGGUACACAAUGGAUGCGGGCCUGAUGUUUUGAAGGUUCCCGAGGACGACUCUAAGAUCUACCAUAAAACUUACCGAAACAAAAACAAAAGCAUUGAUCUGGCUGCUCUUUCUAAUCAUUAGUUAUUUCUUUUUGGGAGUAGUGGUUUAUUUUUUUAAAAUAUAUUUAUAACUUAAAUA